AUGAAGGACUUCACUGAGAUCGUGCUUUGCCCGGAGGCUCUGGACCACAGCAAGACCGAGUUCUGCAACCCCGUCUUUGAGGGUGAGGAGCCCCGGGCAGCUCCAAGCACAGCAGAUGAGGAUGGGAGCAGCCCCACAUCGCAGCGGGACGGCCUCGGCCAGCAGCUCUGGGGGCGGGCAGGCUGGAGGUUCCGUGCUGACUUCAAGUUCACCUGGCUCUGCGUGGCUCUGAUGAGCGCGGUCCUCAUCUUCCUCAUCGCCCUCCUGAUGGGCAUCGUUAUCCACCAGCUGACAUCCCCGCAGCCACCCCAUGCCCCAGCCGCAGCCCUGCCUGCCCAUGGAGCCGCAGCACCCACCCGAAGGGCCCCCAGAACUGCUGCCACCCCAACCCAGAGCUGGCUGCCCACCACCGGCACCGCGGCACCGGCCUGCGGUGGGACCCUGCGGAGCCCCGAGGGCUCCUUCAGCUCCCCCAACUACCCCAGCCCGUACCCCCCUGAUUCACUCUGCAUCUGGCGCAUCGAGGUGAGCCCCGGCCUCGCCAUCCAGCUGAAGAUGGAGACGUUCAGCGUGGAGGGCACUGCCUCCUGCCUCUUUGACCGUGUGGAGCUCUAUGAAGAGCAGGGUGCCGGCAGCACGGACCCUGCAACACUUAGGGGGGGUCCGACCAGGUUUUGUGGCAAUGUGGUACCCCCGACCUUCAACACCAACUCCAACCACCUGCGUGUCACCUUCGUCUCGGACAGCAGCGUGGGUGCCCCAGGCUUCAGUGCCCACUACCGUGCUGUGGCCCCCAGUGACAGGAGCUGUGCCUGGGAUGAGCACUUGUGUGACCAGGGGCUGUGUCUCCACUUGGGCUUUGUCUGCGAUGGCUUCCAUGACUGCACGGACAAGAGCGAUGAGGCCAACUGCAGCCUCAAACACAAAGAGUGUGGGGGGCCACUAACCGCCUUGGAGGGGCACUUCUCCACCCCAAACCAUCCCCAGCCAUACCCGCACCAGCAGCUGUGCCUCUGGCAGAUCUCGGUGCCCGUGGGGCACGUCAUCGACCUGCACUUCCACAACUUCAGCCUGGAGAUGCAUGAGGACUGCAGCUUUGACUUCGUGGAGGUGCACGACAGCGCCGGCACCGGGGCUGCCAGCCUCAUGGGCAGGUUCUGUGGGCAUCAGCUGCCACCCAUCCUGACCUCCUCCCGCCACGUCCUGACCGUCCUCUUCGUGGCUGAUGAAGGGGUUGCGGAUGAUGGGUUCUUUGCCACCUACCAAGCCCGCAAUGCCACAGAGAAGACCUGCAGCCCCACAGAGUUCUCCUGUGGGAAUGGCGAGUGCCGGGUGCUGGAGUCUGUAUGUGAUGGGUGGCACGACUGCCCCGAUGGCACCGAUGAGCUGAACUGCACCGGGGUCUCCUACCCAGCCUUUGGGUCUGUCUGUGAGCCUGUGCAAGUGGAGAUGUGCCUGGGGCUGGGCUACAACGCCACCUCCUUUCCCAACAUCUGGCUGGCCAUCCCGGACCAGCAGGGAGCCGCUGAGGUGCUCCAGGACUAUCAGACGCUGAUGGAGCUCGCCUGCUACCAGCACCUCCGACUCCUCAUCUGCAGCCUCUUCGUGCCCAAGUGCACCCCGGAUGGGGGGGUCCUGCAGCCCUGCCGAGCCGUGUGCGUGGCUGCUGAGCUGCGGUGCCAGCACUCCCUCGGCCUCCUCGGCAUCCUCUGGCCCAUCAACUGCAACAUCCUGCCUGACUCCAAUGACCCCAUAGAGUGCUUCCAGCCCUGACCCGGCAAGAGAUGAGCCAGGGCUGAAGCAGCCGCUGCCCUGCCCCAAAUGUCCCUCCCAUCCUCCUCCUGCUGCCAAUACCCAACUAAUGGGGUGUCCCCCAUCAGCAGCACCCC